AUGGCUCCGGGCAUUCCUACUGCAGUCAGUGCGGACCAUCAACCCACCAAGACGGUUCGCAUUGCGGAUGACGGUGAGGACACCAUGCAAGACGCUCAAGUAAGUCCGCUCCAAAGUGCUUAUGAACGCAAGGCUGACGCGGUCAAGGAGACUGUCAUUCGUGGCGGUAGACCUGGCGUUGUCGACAAUGGCUCAAGCGACAUCCCCUCCACCUACAAGCCUGUUGAUGAAGAUGAUGAUUCCGAACAAGUCGCCCCUUACUUCCCCGACCAGGAUGCGAACAAGCCUACCACCUGGGGUUUCCACAUUCUCGACAACAACCAGCCGGGAUUUGCCGUUGACAAUGCGGUGACUGAACAAGCCGAGGAUGGUGAUGAUGAUUCUCAGGCCACUCCAAACAAUUCCUUGGGUGACGAUACCGAUACACACCACACCGACGCUCAAGUCGAAGGCGGAGUCGACGGAGGUGAUGGUCAAAACGGCGACCAAGAAGCUGGAGACGACGGGCAAGCUGUCACCGAUAGUGUUGCCGCUGACGUUGCUGCUCAAGCUGCUGCAGCCGAUGCGGACAGUACCCAGAACUGGCUGGUCGCUCAAGACAGCUGGCUCAAUCAGCUGGCAGCUGAGAAUCCCGAGGAGUUCGCGCGUCUUGUCGAGUCUGGUGUGGUUGAUCCUGCGUUUAUUCCACAUGCUGCUGCUCAAGAGAACAUCGAUGGCGACGGUGGAGCAGACGGAAACACCACCGCGACUGGUGCUGAGACCGAGAUCAAUUCCGACGAGGCUGUGGCUGCUGGUCCCGAUGGCGCAAAUGACAGUGCGGAUGCCGAGGACGAGCCUGAUACGGACGACAACGACCCAGCUGACAAUGGCAAUGCCACAGCUACUGCUCCAAACACCGACCACUUUGUCUGGCUUGCCAACCGCAACGACGCUCAAGAAGAAAACACCAGCUGCCCUGCGUGCGACACCGCUUUCAGUGCGUCGGAUGUUGUUAUCUACCUGAAUUGUGGUCAUUCAUGGUGCUCCGAGUGUGUGAACCUGAACUAUCGCUCCGCACUCAGAAGCCGCUCAUCAUGGCCUCCACAGUGCUGUCGCAUCGACAUUGAUCAUGGAUCAAUUGCGCACCUCCUCGAAGAAGACCUGCAGAUGGAUCUCGUCGUUAAGAUCGAAGAAUUUGCAGACAACAACCCUGUCUACUGUCAAACCCCAAAGUGUGCUGGUGGCUACAUCCCGGUCGAGCGUCGCGAGGGUCAAUGGGCCGGAUGCCAGACCUGUCGGCUGACCACCUGUGUUGAGUGCAAAGCGCCUGCGAUGGCCCAUCCGAUGCCAGCUUUGCAUCCCAACAUGAUUGAGCAGGUGGACAAAGAGUUGGCCGAGGGCCAAGGAUGGAAGCAGUGUCCCGGCUGUCGCAACCUGGUGGAGCGGAGCGGUGGUUGCAACUACAUGAGCUGUGAAUGUGGCCACCACUUCUGCUAUCAGUGCGGAGGGACGCUGGAGAACAACAUGCCUUGCGAUUGCGAGGGUCAGCAGCCGUGGGUUGCACAGAUGAAUCAGGAGGCUGCUGGUGGAGCAGACCAAGACGGAGACUCUGAAGACGAGGAGGGUGAGGAUGGCGAGCGUGAUGAGAACGAGGACGGUACUGAGGAUGAGGCUGGUGAUCAAGACGGCGAUGAGCAGGUUCAACCCGCGGUCCAGGACGGUGGCGCGACUGGUGGUUGGUAG